AUGAAGCAAUUCAGUUUUGCUCUGAUUUCUGCCUUCGGCCUACUUGCUUCUGCAAGCCCGAUUCCCUUGCCUCGUCGUCUUCUGCUUAACAACCGUGCUACCGCAACUACCGCCCAAGUAUCGUCUCUUGAGUUCUACGCUCAGUAUGCCGGAUCCGCGUACUGUAAUGGCGAAGCAGCUGCGGGUUCUACCAUUACUUGUUCCGACGACGUCUGCCCUGAUGUAGAGGAAGCGGGUGCCAAAAUAGUAGCAUCGUUCAGCGGAGAUGUCACCGACAUCGAAGGCUAUGUCUCAUCCGAUGACACGAACAAGCUGAUCGUAGCAUCCUUCAGAGGGUCCUCAAGUAUUCGAAACUGGAUCGCCGACCUCUCCUUCAUCCUAGUCCCCUGCGACGUCGUAAGCGGGUGCCUAACACACGCCGGCUUCCUCACAGCCUACAACGAGAUCGCCGACGAUCUCCUCGCCGCGCUGAAAAACGCCACGGCCGCGCAGCCCGACUACAAGAUCGCGUUCACGGGGCACUCGCUCGGCGGGGCCGUGGCCACGGUAGCCAUAGCGUACGCGCGCAAGCAGGGGUACGCGGCGGAUCUGUACACGUACGGCAGCCCGCGCGUCGGCAACGAGGCGUUCGCGAGCUUCGUGACGGACCAAGCCGGGUCCGAGUACCGCGUGACGCACCUCGACGACCCCGUGCCGCGGCUGCCGCCCAUCGUGCUCGACUACCGCCACACCUCGCCCGAGUACUGGCUCGCGGGCGGCACGGCCAACACCACGUCCUACGCGGCCGCCGACGUCGAGGUGUGCGACGGCUUCGCGAAUACGAAGUGCAAUGCGGGGACCGGCGGAUUGGACGUGGACGCGCAUUUGAGCUACUUCGAGCCGAUCAGCGGGUGCGGCGCUGCUGGUUGGUCGUGGAAGAGGGACGCGACGGUGGCGGCGGAGACGAAUGUGACGAGCGAUAUGGCGACGACGCCGUAUGAGGCUGUCAGCGACGAGGAGUUGCAGACCAGGCUUGAGGAUUGGGUUGCGAAGGAUAAGGCGUAUGCAGAGACGUUGGAUGAGUGA